AUACAUUUUAUUUUAUCAAAAAAGCACAUGAACAAAAAACAUCGCUAAUUUUAUCACCUAUUUACAGGGGGUGUAACUCUGUAUGUAAUAUUAUAGGAGGCGCUAAGAGAGAUACUAGAUGAUCGUGACAAAACUCGGUACUUUUAUUUUAUUCAAUCAGUAUCAAAUAAUGUGUCGUUACGCGUGAAAACAAUGAUCAGGUUAGUCGUUUAAUAAAACAAAAGAUUAAUUAACAGAUAAUCCCGGGUUGAUUGUUAUGUUUACAUUUCUUUUUACCUGAUCAGUGGGGGUCCAGUUAAUUAACUACUACUCACGGGAUUAGCGGGGGUGUUACAAAGAACGACAAGAUGCUAUCAUUCAACAAUGGCCGUUGAAUGGGCGAUGUUUUGUUGAAUUUAUUAGUAAAAUAGUGACCGCUGGCCGCGUUAGAGGAGUGACCGUUGAAUAAAGAGAUAAAACAACAGAAUUUCUACGGGGGGAAUUUAUCGUGACCGCUUACAAGGAGAUGUCGCUGAAUAGGAGUGGCUGCUCAUACAGAUUCUACUAUAUAUCACCCAAUUCAUUAAGUAAUUUUACAAUAUGGCGACUUUAAAACUUCCAGUGAUAGAUUUAUCUCAAUGUGGGGAUCAACAAUCUCGAGUAGCCGUUGCUAAGACGAUGGUAGAUGCUCUGAAAACUGUUGGUUUCCUGUAUAUUGAUAACAUUCCAGGCUUUGACCAAGAAGAGGUUCUCAAAUGGUGCAGAUGGUUCUUCGACCUUCCGGAGGAAGUCAGAUUUAAACUCUACAGGAAACUUUGGAAUCCGGAUUCAAAAUCUGUUUACAGAGGGUGCUUUCCAUUGCAGAAAGGCGAGAUCUCGUAUAAAGAAGGGUUUGAAAUAGGGCAAGACAUAGCAACAGAUGUAUCGAUCCACCCUUUCUUCGUUGAUAAAAAUGUAUGGCCCGAAACAGAAGGUGUAGAUGACUUCAAGACUUUUAUGACAUCAUUUUAUACAAGUAUGAUGAGGACGGGAAGAGAAGUGUGCCAUUUGUUGUGUAUUGGGUGUGGAUUAAAAGAAGAUUUGUUGGAUUCAACAUUUUUUCCAGAUUCCCUUUCAACACUGAGACUGCUUCAUUACCCAGUCCGAACGGAACCACCACCAGAUGUAGCACGACAUGGUAAUGUAACGGUAUGUUGUGCAGAUCAUAGUGACUCUGGAUUUAUUACUCUUUUAACAACGUUUAACUUCCCCGGUUUACAAAUCAAAUUAGAGUCUGGAGAAUGGAUGGAUGUUCCUAGCCGACCUAACUCACUUGUCAUGAACAUUGGAGACAUGUUGUCUAAAAUGACCAAUGGCAACCUCAAAGCCACUAGACACAGAGUUCUUGAACCACCUGAAGAGCGAUUUUCGGUACCAUUUUUCUUUGAGCCCAACUAUGCAGCAGAUGUGGGAUAUGUUCUUGACUCUUUCUUAUCCAAGUGUGAGGGGGUAGACUCGGGCUCUGCAGACAAGGAAUCGAAACUCAAAUAUGGUCCUUGGCUUCUGAAGAAGAUGAUGGAAUUUUCAGAAUAUAGGUAUAUGAUCGAGCUUUUUAACCAACAGUCUGAUGAUUUAUUCAGCAUCAAUUGAAAUUUGGAAUAGUGUGCCUGUAAAGAUACUGAAAUAUUCUAUAGACCAUAACCUUUAUUAAUCCACAAUAGUGUGUGCCAAUAUAAGGACAUCGCACACAGUAACUUCAGUCGCAUCGAAUCGCCACAUAAGCCUUCCUUAAAACUUACAAAUAUUGAGCAAUUCUUAUUUAUUAAAAAUCUGAAUUUAUAUUAAUUUACUUCUACGGAAAGGCAUGAACGAUCGAUACUAAAUAAUUUAAAAAUGAAAGUUUUGUGUGUAAAAUAAUUUGACUGUAGUUUUCAAUUUAUUUUUUUUAUUAUAAAUUCUUAAUUGAUGUUAUAGUAUAGCAAGAAUGGGCAGCUCUUUAUCCAAAUCUUACAAUUCCUCUUUAAAGGAAUUGAAAUGAAAUGAAAUGAGGUUUAACGUCAUACUGUUCUGCUCCUAACUGAGCUAAUGAAGACGGGCAUACGCCAUACAGUGUGCUAUGAGGAAAAUUGUGCCCAUACAACGGCACUACGGCCUACUCUUAUAUUGAAAUCCAACUGAUAAGGGAUCUUUUGCGUGCACGCCAAUGUGUACACGGGUCCUCGGUUUUUCGUCCCUUCCGAACGAUUAAACAACUGUCCCCCAAAUAAUUUACAACCACUGUGCCUAUAUUUGUCACAUAAAAAAAGAUGAAUUUCAGAGUGGAGCAAUUUGAAUGAAAUUUUCAACAUAUCCCCUUUACAUUACCUAGUUUUUAACUAUCAUAGUGAGAACUGCCAGCUCUUUAUCUAAUCUUCCAUAAUGUCCCUUUAAUAAAGUUUCGUUUGUCUUUUACUGGUUUGAACCAAAUUGUUAUCUUAGUUUGACUCUGUAUUGAGGUCAAGAGCAAUCUGAUUAAAAUAUAAAUCUAUAUUACGUUUCGUUUUUUUAUACUUUCGAUGGCCUACUCUAGUGCAGUAAAGACAAGUAAAACGAAAUUUUGAACUAUAAAAAACGAAACGAAAUAGGAUCUAUGUUUUAAUCAGAUUGGUAUUGGUUUAAACAAUUGACUUACUACAUUCUAGUUUUUACCUGACAUUAUUAACAACAUUUACCAUUUUAACUAACUAUUUUUAAUUCCUGGUGUCCAUCGUGAAAUAAAUGAUUUCAUAAAUAAUAACUGAGAGAGAGAGAGUCAGUCCUGUCCUGACGCUCGACCUGUAUAAUAAAGUCAUGAUAAAUAUA